UUAUAGACAGUUGGAUUAUUCUCUGUUUUGUCUAUGUGUCGUUUACACUUCGUUUUGACGUUAAACGAAGUCUGCUCAUGAAUGAUGAAAGAUACUUUUAUUGUUUAAAAUAUUUUUAAACGAAUAAUAGAUUUUCAAAGGAAUAAAAGUAUUGUUACAUCGAAAGAAACAUGACGGAAAAAUUGCGAAGAUAUGAGAAGAUUGAUUUCUUAGGAGAAGGACAGUUCGCUACUGUCUACAAAGCCAAAGAUAUCGAAACAUCUAAAAUUGUUGCUGUGAAAAAGAUUAAAGUUGGAAGUCGUGCAGAAGCCAAGGAUGGCAUAAACAGAACUGCGUUACGAGAAAUUAAAUUAUUGCAAGAAUUAAGACACGAUAAUGUGAUAGGUUUAUUAGAUGUAUUUGGUCACAAGUCAAAUGUUUCUUUGGUGUUUGACUUUAUGGACACAGAUUUGGAGAUAAUAAUAAAGGAUAAUAAUAUAGUGUUAACAGCUGCAAAUAUUAAAGCGUAUAUGAUUCAAACUUUACAAGGAUUAGACUAUUUGCAUUAUAAUUGGAUACUUCACAGAGAUUUGAAACCAAAUAAUUUGUUAGUUAACUCGGAAGGCGUUUUAAAAAUUGGUGACUUUGGUCUGGCCAAGUUUUUCGGCUCGCCGAAUCGGAUAAAUACUCAUCAAGUGGUGACAAGAUGGUAUAGAGCACCAGAAUUGUUAUAUGGUGCAAGAUUGUACGGAACUGGAAUUGACAUGUGGGCAAUUGGUUGUAUAUUAGCAGAAUUGUUAUUACGUGUACCAUUUUUACCUGGGGAGUCUGAUUUGGAUCAACUUACUAGAAUAUUUCAGACAUUAGGUACACCCACUGAAGAAACAUGGCCUGGAAUGAGCGAAUUACCAGAUUUCAUUCAGUUCAAACCUUUCCCUGGCACGCCAUUGAAACAUAUAUUCACUGCUGCCAGUGAUGAUCUCCUAGAUUUAAUUGCUAGUCUGUUAAAUGUGAAUCCUUUGGAGAGAUGUUCAUGUGACCAAGCUCUUCAAAUGCCAUACUUUAGUAACAAGCCUGCACCAACUCCUGGUGCUAGAUUACCUCUUCCUACAUCUGUAAAACGCCAACCAGAGGAGAAGCCCAGUUUGAAGAGGAAACUAUUGGAAUCAAUGGAUGGUGCUUCCCUUGCAAAAAGAUUACAAUUUUAACUAUAAACUGAACUAGAAUUAAUUAUUACAAGGGACAAUUCAUUGUUAUUGUUUUUUUUGCUCUUGAUUUGCAAUGAGUCACUAAUGUAAUAUAUAAUUUAACGAAGCAAGGAGAAAUAAAUUCAAAUCAGUAUUAAACAACUACAAUGAAUUACUGCAGUGAUGUAUGAUAUGCAAUCAAUAAUGUAUUUUUGUUACAAUUAUUGUACAAAUAAUUAAAAUCAAAUAAACAUUAAUUUUAUACAUUA